AGCGCACGCAAUUGUUGUACACUGCGCAUGCGUCAGCAACCUUGCCGGCCGGAAGCUGACAUCAGUGUUGUUUUGGCGUUUGACAGCCACGUGAUCCUGUCGUCAUCGCUGAAGAGCUGGCAACAUGGCGGCGAAUUUUGCUCCAAAGGUUCUCUUUGAGCACGACGGAGUUUUCAUCCAUCCAAGCGGUGACGAAAUCGUCGUGGAGCAAGAUGUUCUCGUUUGUGGCUCACUUCAACUUGUCGAGAAGGACGGUGAUGUCAUGAUGGAGUUCACGCCUCUGGAAGAUUCUGUGGACCCCUCACAUAUCUUGUGUGCUGCUAAGGACUCUAGUUCAGUCAUGGAGUGGGUUCAGUGUGGCGGCCAGCAUCAAGGAGAGCGAGGACAGCAGCUGUUGGAGAGUCAGCUGAGCUACGAGACCGAGUGGGACUUGGUUAACUCUGCGUCCUUCAAGAAGAAGUCCUGCACCAACGGGUCUGUGAUUGGCGGAAACGAGCGGAGCAGGUGGUUCUUCUCAGUCAGCCUCAGUCAGCUGGGUACAGUCACAAUCCAGGAGGAUCACGCUGGGCCCACACUGAUCUUCACACUAAAGGAGUCUUCCUCCCUGCCGCCUUUGCACUUCCAUCAGGGCGGCAGCAGGGAGCUUCUGGACAGCCUGAGGAGAGUCGCCACGCUCAGCGAGUCUCCAGAGGAUGAGUCGCGUCUGCUGAUCAGCACUCCAAACAAGAUUCUGUCGCAGUCCUUUGAAAACCUCCUGGAUGACAACAACUAUGGCCUGGUCCAUCAGAAGUUCCGCAAGGACCCUUACGUGACCACGCUGGACCGCUUCUCCAAGGUCACCAACUACAUUUUUGAUGCCUUCCGAGGGACGGAGGAGCAGCAUCAGCGGCCCCCAGAGGAAGUGGCCCAUCUCCUGGGGGAAGUCAUCCCGGGACUGGAGAUCAACCAGCAGGAGGAGCCAGGUUUUGAGGUCAUCACCAGGGUGGACUUGGGGAUGAGGCCACAGGUAACAAGGAGUGAGCCGCUAUCUCCAGACUCUUGGAGUCAGCAUCAGGACCAGGAGGGUCGCAUGAUCCACAUCAGCAGGCUGAAAGAGUCCAUCUUCAAGGGGGGACUGUGUCACGCUGUCAGGAAAGAAGCCUGGAAGUUUCUCUUGGGAUACUUUCCCUGGAACAGCACGCUGGAGCAGAGGAAGAGUCUACAGAGAAGCAAAACGGAUGAAUAUUUCCGUAUGAAGCUACAGUGGAAGUCCGUCAGCGAGGAACAGGAGAAGAGGAAUUCACGACUUCGAGACUACAGGAGUCUGAUCGAGAAAGAUGUCAACCGAACAGACAGAACCAAUCGAUUCUUCGAGGGCAUGGAUACACCAGGCUUGGUCCUCCUGCACGACAUCCUCAUGACGUACUGCAUGUAUGACUUCGACUUGGGUUAUGUGCAGGGCAUGAGCGACCUGCUGUCGCCAAUCGUUUUUGUCAUGGAGAACGAGGUGGAUGCUUUCUGGUGUUUUGUCUCCUUCAUGGACCACAUGCACCAGAACUUUGAGGAGCAGAUGCAGGGAAUGAAGACUCAGCUGAUCCAGCUCAGUACUCUACUCAGACUACUGGACCCGUCCUUCUGGAGCUACCUUGAGUCUCAGGAUUCUGGUUAUCUUUACUUCUGCUUCCGCUGGCUGUUGAUCCGCUUCAAGAGAGAGUUCAGCUUCCAGGAUAUUCUCCGACUCUGGGAGGUGAUGUGGACUGGAUUGCCCUGUCAGAACUUCCACCUUCUGCUUUGCUGCGCCAUCUUGGACUCGGAGAAGGCGAAAAUCAUAGAGGAGAACUACGGCUUCAAUGAAAUCCUCAAACACGUCAACGAACUCUCUAUGAAGCUGGAUGUAGAAGAAAUCCUGCAGAAGGCAGAAAGCAUCUGUCUGCAGAUCAACAAGUGUCAGGGCCUCCCUGAAUCUGUCGUCACCAUCCUGUCGUUAGACACGGAAACCCGCGGCGUCUCUGACUCGACUGACUUGGGGUCAUCGACGGCAGCCGUCGUCAGGACGACGCAUCGAGACGACCACACAUGCGCCACCAACGGACAUUUGAGAGCGAUUGACUCUCAGCAUCGCAAAGUUGCCUUCAUGUCGUAGCGAGCGUAUCCUUUCAGAUUAUUUUUGUACCACGUGAACUUUUGUCCUCUGCGUGGCGCUGGAUGGGAAGAAGUAGGUGGGACAGGAAGUAGGCGGACGGCGGCACCACCAAUACCAUACACACUCACACACGUGUUGACAACAUGGACACGUUGCUUGUGACGUCAGAAGAGGAACUUUUUUUCUAAGCACGCUGGUCGUUGUGGCUAAAACGUAUCAGAUGUAAACAUCUAUCCUCAGCAACAUUAAAACAUUU